AUGGGCCAGUUGGGGACGGCAUUGCAGGAGAUGGGCGUUCAGGUCGUAUUGUUGACGGCGACGUUGGCGCCGGCGGACGUGGGGGAGUUGUAUGCCAAGAUGCGGUUGGACGCGCGGCAGGUCAGGUUGUUCCGGUCGCGGACGACACGGCGGAACAUUGGGUAUAGGGUGCGGGUCGUGUCGAGGAGGGAUGAGGGGGAUAGGGAGGUGAGACGGGUUGUACAGGCCGGGUUAGAACGGUACAGCAGCGGCAAGAUCAUUGUGUACGGCGGAGAGGUGGAGCGGGUAGAGCGGUUGGGAGAGAUGUUGUCGUGCCCAGUAUUUCACAGCAAGGUGGACACGGCCGAGGGCAAGGGACGGCGGUGGAGGGAGUGGGUCGAGGCGGGGCGGGUGAUUGUGACGACCAACGCGUUAGGGAUGGGCAUCGACGUGGCGGAUGUGCGGAUGGUGGUACACGCAGGGCCGCCGCGACGAUUGCGGGAUUACGCGCAGGAGAGCGGGCGGGCCGGGCGGGACGGCGAGGCGAGCGAGGCGGUGAUUGUUUGGCCGAAGGGCGACGACGGGCACGGGGCGAAACGGGGCAAAGCAAAGGAGGGAGAGGCCGAGCGG